GACGGGCAGCCGGGGAGGCCCCUGUCAGCCGGCCGCGGAGGGGCAUGCCUGCACUGGGGGUCCGGCCGUGCCGAGCCGUGCCGUGCCCAGGGCUGCCGAGCGGAGCCCAGCGCCGAGAUGGGGGUGGAGAUCGAGACCAUCUCUCCGGGAGACGGACGGACGUUUCCGAAGAAGGGGCAGACGUGUGUGGUGCACUACACAGGUAAAUCCAAUCAAACUGCCCAUAACAAUCAAGGUGGGAAAAAUCAUCAAUGCUAGAUUCUUGAAAAUAAAGGAGAUCUGUAACUUAUGUCUUUGAAAAAUGAGCCGCUACAGGUGAACAGCAAAGAAGAGAGGAAGAAAGGAUGCACUCAGAGACAUGUGUAUCUAGUAUAUUUACUGCCUAUUUCAAAGGAAUGCUACAGAAUGGAAAGAAGUUUGAUUCCUCCAGAGACAGAAACAAGCCUUUCAGGUUCAAGAUUGGCAGGCAAGAAGUCAUUAAAGGAUUUGAAGAAGGUGUUACACAGAUGAGCUUAGGACAAAGAGCAAAGCUGACCUGCACACCUGAGAUGGCCUACGGAGCCACGGGCCACCCUGGGGUCAUCCCUCCCAAUGCCACGCUCCUCUUUGAUGUGGAGCUUCUCAGGUUGGAGUGAGUCUUCUUGGGGGAGCUGGCUGGAGGCAUCUCUCCAUAACCAUCCCUUCUUUCUCACCCUCCCAGCAGCGGGGGAAAUCUUCACUGGAAUCCUAAUCUUCCUGCUCAAGCUGUCAUAUCAGUAGCGCCUGCCCUUAGGUUUCUUAAGCCUUUCUUUCUCUUUUCUUCUUAGACUUUGUGGUGUCCAUAUUUGCCUUUCAUUGGAAGCUUUGCUUUGGGAAAAAAAAAAAAUGUCUACCGUUGUAACAUUCUCAAGUUGUACAUUUUAUUUAAUCUGCAUGUGAUGAGAAUUCACAGUGAUGAUUGAAAAUAUAUAUAGAUAUAAAUAUAUAUAUAUUCCUUAUUGAAAAACCACUGCCUUACUGUACACUUAAACCAAGAAAAAUAAAAAAACAAAACACAAAAGGUGCUCAAAAACUCCAGUGUACGCCUUGUACAUGAACGGGCAUUAGCCAAACAGAGUUACCUGCGCUGCCACUUUUCUCAACUUGUACGUUCUGCUUGCUGCUGUUUUAAAGAAUACCGUCUCAUUUAAGAAUUAAGUAUAUAUAUAAACAAUAAAACCUUGAUACUUUACAA